AUGUCGGAAAGCCUUCCCGUCGAAGACGGUCCUGUCGAACAGGAAGAAUGGACGCGAGUGAGAUCCAAGUCUAGAUUCCGCCGCGCCCCACGAAACACUGUACCAUCGGCACUCGCCAACAAAAUCAAACCCGACGAACCCCACCAUCACAAAUCUGUGGCCGACAUCAAGACCGAAUUCGAGACCUUCCACACACGAUGGCACGGAUCGGAUGCUCACCAGCGACUUUCUGUACUGCUUGAAAAGAAGAACAAGAAUGUGCAUGCGCCAGUGAACAAGGCGGUGUGCUUGGGUGUCGGCACAUUUGACACGGAAGAUGGCGGCUGGGACGCCCGGAGGAGGACAUACAUCCAGUUGAUUGCUUUCCUGGACAUGGUUGAGCUGCUAUCCAAAGAAUCAAGCGAGCCCAUUCGCUGUAUCUUCCAGGAGCCGCGCUUCACAGCCAACGACAAGGCAUUUCUCGAAAGCCUUGGCCAUGAAAUUGUCGAGUCUCCUGGCGCCUUCGAGGCUGUCGACCGACAUUCCCUCCUCUUCGCCAUUCACAUGUAUCGACCGAUAUACGAGGCCGCGCUGUCCACACUGCCCGCAGUGUUCGUUGGCACCGGUUGGGAGACGUGGGACGGCGUGGGCAACUUGAAAGAGGGCGACUUCCAGUGCAUGAAGGACAUGCAUGCAUCACACAAGCUGCUGCCGUUUCCGCAAGAUGGCACGCACACGACAUUUUCUAGCACGUGUAUCUACUGGAGACCUCUUGAAGAGUCAGACGGCCAAUCCUCUGACGCGGCUGACGUCGUGCCUCCAAACGGUGCCACCGGUCAUGGUGUGCCAGAGGUGGCUAAACUUGAGGAUGGCAAAGAUCAGGCCCAAAACGCUGGCGCCUCUCAUGGCACAGAAGACGCUAAAGAAGCUAUAAUAGGUGCGAUCCAGAGCUAA